AUGUGCAAAAGAUGUAAGUCUGUGCAUGACAAGCUUCCAAGUGACAGCUGGAAAAUAAAAUAUCUUUCUUUCAAUAUGAAUCUAUUGGUAAUUGCUUUGUGUGCCCUCGUGGCAGUGGCAAUCGCCGCCCCAGUUGACAACACCAGCCCAAUCCCCAUCGUCAAGCAAGCCUUGGACGGACCCAAUCCCGAUGGAUCCUACAAUUACAACUACGAGACUGGUAACGGUAUUCAGGUCCAGGAGGAGGGUCAUCUUAACAACGUUGGUACCGACAACGAGGCCCUGGAGGCACAUGGCAGCUUCAGCUUUACUAACGCCGAUGGUCAAACCUACCAAAUCUCGUACAUAGCCAACGAGAAUGGGUUCCAGCCAGAAGGUGCUCAUUUGCCAACCGCGCCUCCAGUGCCACCUCAAAUUCUAAGGGCUCUUCAAUAUAUCGCCGAACACCCCGAGGAGAACGAGAAGCAUUAAAGGAUUCCGAAAAAGGCCCUAUAACGGAAGAAGGAUAGAAUCGGUGAAACGAAUUUCGAGGCGACGAGACGAUCAGAAGAAGCCUGGUGUGAAACCGAAUCAUGAUUGUAACGAGGAUUGACGAGUAUUUGGUCCCGAUAUAGACUAGCAACAGACUCAGCUCUUCGCGUCGUGAUUAUUUUUGUAUUUAUA